GCCUCCUUCCCCUUCUCUCUCUCUCUCUCUCUCUCUAUCUCUAUCUCUUCCCCAGCUCCACUCAACAACUCCUGCUCCUCCCUCCUCUCGCCUUCCCCAGGCUUCCCUCAAAAGCGCCAGCCCAACAAGCUCUCUCUCCUUCAAACACACUCUCUCUCUCUCUCUCUCUCUCUCUCUCUCUCUAUCUUGUCAUCUCUGCUUGUGCUUGUGUGCGUGCUAUAUUCAUGGAAGCUCCACCUGCUCGCGGCCGUGAGGCGGCGGCGCCGAAGCGCGACUCGGCAGGAGAGGAGGCGGAGCUCGAGCUCGGCCUCGGGCUCAGCGUGGGCGGCGGCGGCGGCGGCGGCGAGCGCGCCGGGGCCAAGCGCGGCAGAAUCCUGACGGCCCGCGACUUCCCUUCCUCCGUGGGGACCAAGAGGACCGCCGACGAGUCCGUCUCGCAGGAGGGUGGCGGUGGAUCCCCCACUUCUGCAAGUCAGGUUGUGGGAUGGCCACCUAUAAGGGCAUACAGGAUGAACAGCCUGGUCAACCUCGCAAAGGCACCUCGAGCUGAGGACAACAUGUCGCCGAAUGAAAAGAGCAAGUCAAAGGAUGGUUCGGAGGACAAUACGCGUACUGGUGGCAUGACUGAUGUUGACGGCAGAGAGCAAAAGCAUAUCGGGUUUGUGAAGGUGAACAUGGAUGGGAUCCCCAUUGGAAGGAAAGUGGACUUGAAUGCUCAUGCUUGUUAUGAAACUCUAGCUCAAGCUUUGGAAGACAUGUUCUUCCGACCUGCCAAAACUAUUGAUUUAACCGGGGCUGAAGAAAAUAGGCAGGUCAAGAAGUCCUCGAAGCUUCUCAAUGGAUGUUCUGAGUUUGUGCUAACUUAUGAAGAUAAAGAGGGAGACUGGAUGCUCAUUGGAGAUGUUCCUUGGGGGAUGUUCCUCACUGCCGUCAAGAGACUAAGAAUCAUGAGGACUUCUGAAGUGAAUGGAAUAGCUCCAAGAUUCCAACAAAAGAGCGAGAGGCAAAUGAGAAAGCCGAUAUGAUAGCUUUUCUCAUCAGUCUCCUCACCCUUUCAAAUCUGACUACACAAAAGAAGAAAUACCUCGGAAGCGUAUAAUUUAGGAAAAACUAUAGACACCCGAUGAGAGCGCACCCUGACGAAAUGUGCUGAUCUUCCUGGUUUACAUUCUGCCGACCGUCCUCCGGUUGUCUUUUAUAUUUGUUAUAUUUCCUUUUUUGGUUUUGUGUCUUCAAAGGGUAGAUUCAUCUCCAUCUUUAGUCCUUCCAAUCUCUCCAUUAGGUGGAGUCAUGAGGUGCUCUGCAUAUUUUGCUGAAUGUUCUUUUUGGAUUCUCAUACUGUAAAUAUGGGAAAACUGAGUUAUCUAGAGAGUUUGAGUUUGCAUUGAUGCUUGUUGCUGAGAUUGUUUUUCUUCUUUCCUUUUUUCCCUUUCUUCUUGUCCCUGCGGUUGAUGUUAGUGAGAUCCAUAUUUGUUCCUUUGCUGAUGGAGCCUUUGGGGAUGAA